AUGAACGAAGGAACGACAGAUUCUAAUACAUCAACAGUUGAUGAUGGAGAAACCGAAGAAAGUCAGAUUCCAGAAAAAUUUAAAUUAGAUCGAAAGAAAAUCCAAACUGCAACAUUAGUUGACGAAAAUGAUGAAAUAAAUCAACUUGGUCUAAGUGUUUUCAAUCAGGCGGAUCUUGAAAGAGGUCUAAUCGAUCAGGUUGAUAAUGUUGUGUCAAGUCAAGAACGACAACAUAAAUCUGCCAAUAUUGAAAAACAAAUUCAAACACUUGAACAAACCAUUAGUUCACUUCGAAGUAACAUAUCAGCUAAACAACAGAUCUUAUCUACGAUUGACAAAGCAACUUAUCUUGCAUCGAGAAAGGAUGUUCAAAAGGCCAAUAUUGAGAAAACAAUCAAAGAAUUAAAACAACAACUAGCAAAGAAUCUUGUCAAAGUGAAUUCAUUGAAAACGCAACUUAUUGGUUUAUCGCCAAUCUAUGAUGAAGAAGCAACAAAUCAGACGAAAAGAGCAAAGACAUCUACUUGUUUACUUGAUACGUUGAUGCCAACAUUACGUGACUAUGAUGAAAAUGGUCUGAUUAAAGGCAGAGUUGAUCAGUCGGAACGAGUAACGUCAUUCGAUUCGUUUAUGCAAGGUCUUGAUCAGGAAUACGAUGACCGAAAGCAAGCGAAAGUUCAAACGUUGAAAAGAAAAUCCUCGGAGAAUAAGAAAGUAGCUGCACCCCCUCCCCCACCAGCUCCAUUAACACUUGAUGGUCCAAUUGAAUAUCGUGAUCAAAGACUAAAGAAAAAACCAGCGUCACCAGCAAAAGCGAAGCCAAAACCUAAAUCGAAACCGAAAAAGCCAGUCGUGAUAACUUCUUCGUCAUCCGAUGACGAUGAUGGAGAAGGAGAAACAGAUCCGAGCACCAUGGUUUACGACGAAGAUGAAGCUUGGUUUGAAAGCGAUGAAGAAGAAAAACAACGUUCAGCAGGAGAUGAGAAGGAUUCUUAUGAACCGAGACGAAAGAAAAAACGUUCGUCAGCUAAGGAUGAUGGCGACGACAAACAAUACUUAACACGUUUGCGAGACUUCUAUGCUGGCCAAAAACCUCCCUCGCAUACGAACAAUGGCGAGAAUGAUGACAUCGAAGUGGGUACAGGAUUUUGGGUACCAUUGAGUGUUUGGAAUCGAUUGUUCAAUUAUCAGCGCGCCGGUGUGAAGUGGUUAUGGGAGUUACACGAUCAGAAGUGUGGAGGGAUCAUUGCAGAUGAAAUGGGUCUUGGAAAAACUAUCCAAAUCAUUUCUUAUCUGGCAGCAUUUCAUUAUAGUCGAGUGCGUGAUCCUCAGAAUCGCUAUCGAGGUCUCGGCCCUGUACUUAUUGUAUGUCCGUCAACGUUACUUCAUCAGUGGGUCCAUGAAUUUCAUACAUGGUGGCCCGAGUUUCGAGUCGCUGUUCUACAUGAAAGUGGUUCGUUUCAAGGAAAAAAAGGCUACCGUCUAAUUCAAAAAAUUGGCACAACGGCCGCCGGUAUUCUAAUUACAUCUUACGCUAAUAUUCUCAUCCAUUAUGAUACUCUUAUCUCCUACCAGUGGCACUAUUUCAUCCUGGAUGAAGGUCACAAAAUUCGCAAUCCCGAUGCACAGAUCACAUCUGCUUGUAAAUCUUUUCGAACACCUCAUCGAAUUAUUUUAUCCGGUUCACCAAUGCAAAAUAACCUCCGUGAACUUUGGUCUUUAUUUGAUUUCGUCUUUCCAGGAAAACUAGGCACUUUACCAACCUUCAUGGAGCAUUUUGCUAUUCCAAUAACUCGAGGCGGUUAUGCCAAUGCUAGUCCAAUUGAAGUUCAAACAGCGUACAAAUGUGCAUGCAUCUUACGUGAUACAAUUAAAAAAUAUCUUAUUCGUCGAAUAAAAGCCGAGCAGAAUGUUGUUUUACAACUACCGACGAAAAAUGAGCAAGUUCUUUUCUGUCGUUUAACGAAAGCACAACGAGAAAUCUAUCGAGAGUAUUUGAAAUCGCAACAAUGCAAAGACAUUCUUCAAGGCAGUACACAAGUAUUUGUUGGAUUGAUCAAUCUACGAAAAAUUUGCAAUCAUCCAGAUUUAUUUACCGAUUGGACACAAUAUCGUCCCGAAUAUGGCGAAGAUCCAAAUGAAGUUGGGCAAUAUGGAUACACAAAACGAUCAGGCAAAAUGAUUGUCUUAGAAACUUUACUAAAAAUCUGGUUUAAACAAAAUAAUCGAUGUUUAUUAUUUACUCAAAGUAAACAGAUGUUGAAUAUUCUCGAAGCAUUUCUCAUGAAACAUAAUUAUUCGUAUUUGAAAAUGGAUGGAACCACAUCCAUUGCAUCAAGACAAGGACUUGUUUCACAAUUCAAUUCGGAUCCUUCAAUAUUUGUCUUUCUUUUAACUACACGAGUCGGCGGUCUGGGAAUCAAUUUAACGGGUGCGAAUCGCGUUUUAAUCUUUGAUCCCGAUUGGAAUCCUUCAACUGAUAUGCAAGCUCGAGAACGGGCAUGGCGUAUUGGUCAAACAAAGAACGUCACAAUCUACCGUUUGUUAACAUCUGGAACUAUUGAAGAGAAGAUUUAUCAUCGACAAAUUUUCAAACAAUUUCUCACCAACCGUGUUCUUCAAGAUCCGAAACAACGACGAUUCUUUAAAUCGAAUGAUCUCCAUGAAUUAUUUCGUUAUGACGAUGAUAACAAUGACAGUGAUCAGGAAGACCGAACAGAGACGUCUAUUCUGUUAGCAGGAACAAAUUCCGAGAUUAAUCUAAAGGAAAAAUAUGAUAAACGAAAACGACAAAAGAAUGCUAAAUUUGAAGGACAACGUGUGCCGAAUUUGACGAAAGUCGAUAGUAAAACAACUGCACCAACGCCUGAAGUACCUGCUGAUGCCGACAAAGAAAAAGAUGAUUAUGUAUUGAGUAAAUUAUUCAAAAAAUCCGGUGUACACAGUGCACUUCAACAUGAUACAAUUGUGGACAAUUCCAUCAACGAUUAUGUUUUCAUUGAAGCGGAAGCUCAUCGUUAUGCUGAGGAAGCUGUCAAAGCAUUGAGAAGGUCCGCACAAGAUUGUUAUUCUGCUGAAAGUGGAAUUCCGAAUUGGGGAGCACGAAACAUUCAACAUAUCCGCCGAUUCGGUUCCCGUACAAAUAGAAGUGUCGCUGUUGCAAAGGACGAAGAAGCGGAAGAAGAAGAACAACAACAACAACCAUCAUCAUCAAAUUCUAUUGUCCGACGAAACAACACUCGUGCAACGAGUGCGUCGAAUAAUCUAUUAAAAGAUAUUCGAGAACGCAAGCGUGAACAAUCAGAAUUUGUUGUGCACACAAAUGCAGAAAGAUCAGAUAAUCAUGUAGAAGAAGAUCAUUCCAACGAUGAAGGUUUAGUUUUGAUUCGAGAUUUGAAAGACUAUCUCUUAGCUGGCGGAUCGCUUCAAGGCAAAGCAACGACAGCCGAAAUCAUCGAUCAUUUUCAAUCUCGUCUCAAUGGCAAACCCGGUCUUGUUCCAAAAUUUAAGUCUUUAUUGAAACAAAUCGCCGAUUUACAACGAGCACCAUCCGGCAUGGGCUUUUGGGUUUUAAAAGACGAGUUUCGACAGACAUAA